AUGACGAUGGUCUCUUUGGAAGUUGGACCAGAAGCAACUCGCUUCCUCGUUCACGACAGCGUCUUGAGCCGUAGCGAGGUCCUUGCCGCAAAGUCCUAUCCAUUGGCCUUCGUCAAGCAAUCCGUACUUCUCCCGGAGCUGGAUCUAAACACAGCGCACACUCUGGUACACUACUUGUAUACCGGCAAAUACCAGAGUCUGAAUACACUGGCGUCGUCCGACAAAGUCAUACCCGAAGUCUACAAGCUGGGCGCAGGUGUAUACUGCGCCGCCGCUCGCUACAAGCUACCGGGUCUUGCUGAGCUAGCUCAAAACAAGCUGAAGUCCCUCGACGAAGAGAUGAGCAUCUUCGAUAUCCUUACCGUAGCGAGAGACCAUGCGUUUCCUUUGCUACCGGAAGAUGAUCUGUGGUAUCCCAGCUAUGUUGAACAGUCGCUCAACAAUGCGAUGGCGGACGAUCCAGAGCCGUUCCGAAAGCCGGACUUCAUUACGACAGUGGAGGGUAAUAGCAGGCUUCUGCAGCUCGUUUGGAAGACUGUGAUGAGCAACUAUGCCCGGGCGCCGGCGACACCGGUGGUCAAUAACGAAGAAGCUACUACUCCAACGGCCGAGCUUGUGCCGGAGCUCAACGAGUCGGUCGGUGGUGAAGACGCUGUUUCUACAACUGCGCCACCCAAAGUCGAGGAGAAAGAAGGGACUAUAGCUACACCAGUGUCCGCGCCUGUUCCAAAGGAGGAUGUUACCGAGACUCCAGUUGUAAACGACGCCAUAGUUUCGAAGCCCACUGAAGAAGUCGCCCCGAAGCUCGAAGAAGCCCAGCCAGUAGAAAAGCCAGCAACGCUCGAGCCCUUCACGGAUGAGCUGGACUUCAAGUCCUCCAAGACGUACCAGCAGAUGGGCAACAGGAAGCCGGAACAAGUCAAUAAUAGUGAUACCGUCUCAGAGACGACCAAAGCUCCUGUUCACGUGCGCUCAGACUCGGUGAUGCAGGUCGAGAAGCCGUCCGUGAUUCCCGUCAAUGGAGAGAUGAAGACCGAUGAUGCUGCGCAAGUGGAAGCUACGCCUAGCCGAGCAGAGGCCGAGCUAGAAGAGUUGGAAGCUCUUGCAAUCCAAGGAAAGAAGAAGAAGAAAAAGCAGGCCAAGAAGUCGAAGCAGGGUCUUGUCGAGUAG